GCAUAGCAGUCCGCGCCACUGGGUUUGUCUGUCGUCGCGCAGAGUUGACGUCACAGAACGAGUUUGGUGAUGGCGGCGGAAGGCUGUGAAGAAAUGAGUGGCAACGGGGAGCUCGAGGACUCUUCAGCCAUGGAGAUCAUCGAGGACCCUGCGCCACCUCCAACAGAGACCAGUGAGAUGUCAGAGAACGGCGGUGGCUCCAUACCCCCUGAGGUCCCUGAGGCCCCCGAGGCUCCUGAGGUCCCUGAGGUCCCUGAGGUCCCCGAAGCCUCAGUGGUUCCCAACCCUGCCUCCUUCUCCGUGCCCCCCGCAGCAGAGGACGAGGAGGGGGAGCUGCCCGUGGAUUUUGAGCGUUUGUGGAAGGCCGCUCACGACAACCCACAGGACUUCACCAGCUGGACUGAUCUGCUGCAGUAUUGUGAACAAGAGAGUCACAUCACAGCGUCCCGCAGAGCGCUGGUUGCCUUCCUGGUGCGCUACCCACUGUGCUAUGGCUAUUGGAAGAAAUUUGCUGACUUGGAGAGGCGCGCAGGCUACAAUGGAAAGGCAGAGGAGGUGUGUGUGCAGGGUCUCCAGUCCAUCCCUCUGAGUGUUGAUCUGUGGAUCCAUUACAUCAACCUGCUGCUGGGAACGUUGGACAUGAACCUGCCUGAAUCACCCAGGCGCAUUCGCAGUGUGUUUGAAGACGCGGUGGCAGCUGCAGGGCUGGACUUCCACUCAGACCGGCUGUGGGAUCUGUACGUGGAGUGGGAGAAGGAGCAGGGCGACAUGAGAGCAGCCACGGCCGUCCUGGACCGGGUCCUCAUGGUUCCCACCCAGCUCUACAACACCCACUACGACAAGUUUAAGACCCAUCUGAACAGCCACACGCCCAAGGAGCUGCUGUCCCCUGAAGAAUAUGAGGAGCUUCGAGCUCUGUGCCGUCAGAGCCAAAAGGCCGAGCGAGCUGAACAGGCCCAAGAGGAGGAGGAGGAGAGGCCGCCGGGGGAGGAGGAGCCUGCCACCCCUGAGGGCACUGACACAGAGGAGCUGAUGCAGAAGAUCAGGGAGCAGGUUCUGGUCCGGAGAGACAAAGUCUACCAGCAGAACGAAGGAGAGGUUCGCAAGAGGUGGCACUUCGAAGACAGCAUUAAGCGACCAUAUUUCCAUGUCAAGCCGCUGGACCGCAUCCAGCUGCGGGCCUGGCACUCCUACCUGGACUGGGAGAUAGCUCAGCUCUCCAAGGACAGCGAGGAUCCCAGCCCAGAUCCAAACCAGGAAGCCCAAGAGGGGUCAGAGGUCACGACCCAGCCACAGGAAGCAACAGAGGGUGAGGCGGUUGCCCGUGACGACCACAGAGUUCGCAUCCUGUUUGAGCGCUGUCUGAUCGCCUGCGCCCUGUAUGAGGAGUUCUGGACCAGGUAUGUGCAAUACCUGGAGCCACAGAGUCUGGAGGAGGCGCGGGCUGUGUACAAGCGAGCGUGCGAGAUCCACCUGACACACAAACACACCAUCCACAUGCAGUGGGCCACCUUUGAGGAGAGGCACGGUGACCUGGCCGAGGCCCGGCGUGUGCUGGAGGCCCUGGAGAAAAGACUGCCCGGGCUGGCCGUGGUCCGACUCCGCAGGGCCGGGCUGGAGAGACGAGCGGGUCGGCUGGAUGAGUCGGAGGCUCUGCUGCGGCAGGCGGUGGCCGAGUCCAAGGAGAAGCCGUCACUUCACGCCUUCUACUCCAUCAAGCUAGCACGUCUGCUGCUGAAGCUGGGCAAGAACCCCGGCAAGGCCCGCGGAGUUUUACAGGAAGCUCUGGAAAUCAGUCCGGACAACGGAAAAGUGCACAUGAAUCUGCUGGAGCUGGAAGCGGCAGGGGAUCCCCGGCCGUCAGCAGAGGCAGUGCAGGAGUGUGUGACACGAGCUCUGGCAGCACCACUCUCCCCACGCACCAAGAUCCUCUUCUCCCAGAGGGGCCUGCAGUACGCUGAGGACUAUGGGAACUCCAUCCAGAGUGUGCUGUCCAUCUACGAGGAGCACCAGAAACUGCUCAAGGAACUGGGCGGAAAAAAGAGAGGAGCAGAGAACGGGGACAACGAAGACCCAGAGAAGCUCAGCAAAGAUGACGAUGGCUCAGCCGUCGCCAUGCCACCGCAAGUCCCGCCCAACAUGCCACAUGUCCCCAUAACCACACCCCCUCCUCCUGUGAUGGGCAGCGACAUGAGCACCCAGGCCGGCUACGGGGGAUACAGCAGCUGGUACCAGCAACCACAGUACGGCAGCUAUGGCUACCAAAACACCUGGAACUACAGCCAGGGCUACUACCCUCCCAGCUAAGGAGAGGGCAGGGCCUGUGACACCAAGAGGCCACAGGAGGCAACGGUCACCCAGGAUGAGCUCCUGGACGGACUAGCCAGUCCUCCAGGUCUGGACCUGAACUGCAUCCUUGCAUCCUUUCCUCUCUGUCCUUCUCAAACCUUCCUCAGAGUUACCUCACUGUCCUGGAUUUGUGAAAAUAAGGCGCUGCCAUUUCAGUGUAGAUUCAGAGGGAAGAGAUGGAAACACAAUGGAAAGGAAAUAAGGAUGGCCAUUCUCAGUGUAUCAGUGUCUCUGCCUCAGUUUGACUCCUGUCCAUUGUUCAGAUGCAGCAUUGUGGGCAAGGCUGAGAACGUCCACCAGUCUGGUCCCGCUUCCCCAAACGGAUAUGAACAUUUGUUACGUUGCUGCUCAUUGGCGUUUGACUGAAGAAAGAUCACCUUUUCUCUUCAGUGCUUUUUAAAAACACAGACAGCAUCUUUGAGGUGCCCUCUUGUCCUCUCUGUUUUAAUCAUAACUAUUUUUGUAUGUCAUUUGCUCAAAAAUCCAGCCCCUUUGCUCAUAUUUUAAAACUGUCCACAUUAUUCAAUCAUACAUAUUGACUUGUAUGGUUGAUAAAUCAUUCCAUGAAAUAGGCUAGUUGUUGUUUUUCUAAUGUAUAUAGAGGUGUUUUAUAGUGUGUCACAACAGGACUGUUUUGCGUCACGUCUCAAAUUUUGCCUGUUAUCCCAUGCUGCUCAAGUCUUGGGAAAAUGACUUGGAUAGUUAAUAAAUGUCAAAAACAAAUUGCCUGCUAAAGAAAAAUGCUUGCGUCAUACACUGUUUCUGCAGCAGAUUUGUUUGUUUUUUUCCUGAAUGGGUGGAGAAAGUUUUCUCUGGACUGUGGCAUUGCCUCAUAUUGGAAUACAGUACAAGAGUCUCAUUUGCAGAAAAUCAAGUCAGCAGCAGUUCUGUACCCAGACCGGUGUUGCAAUUCAAACUACAACUCUAAAGCCUCUGAAAGCUGCUGGUUGAACAAAGCAAUUAACAGCAGUCCCCAUUUGAUCCGUCAUGGCAUGCCAUUUCACUGGUUGUUCGAGAAUGAAUCCGGUGGAGCCAAACAGGCAUGGGUAAUAUCAUUCAGCUACACUGUAAAUGCUAGAUAAAUACAUGUUUUUUCCACUGAUUUAACUUGGCCUGUUCUACUUUUACACUGUUAAAUAAAAGAUCUGUGAAAAUGUG